UCCUCGGGGCGGCUCCGGCAGGGCCCGGCCGGGCUGAUCCCAGCCGAUCCCAGCCGAUCCCAGCCGCCCUCACCCUGUCGCGACAUGUCGUCGGCCGGCAGCCUGAGCAGCAUGCAGCGCCUGGUGGAGCAGCUGAAGCUGGAGGCUGCGGUGGAGAGGAUCAAGGUCUCCCAGGCAGCUGCCGAGCUCCAGCAGUACUGCAUGCAGAACGCCUGCAAGGACGCCUUGCUGGUGGGGGUGCCGGCGGGGAGCAAUCCCUUCCGAGAGCCCCGGUCCUGCGCCCUGCUCUGAGACCAGGGAAGGUCAUCGGAGAGCCUGCCUUCAAGCAUGACAUGAAUAACUGCCUUUCCUUCUCAAGAAAAGUAUCUCCGUGCCCUUACUUUUGUGUGGUUGAAGCAAUCUCUUAGAUAUUUACCUGUUUGUUCUUGUGCACCCGUACCUCACUACCUUUUGCUAAUGUUUUUACGGUUUUUUAAUGUAACUAGCACUCUUUUCAUAAAAGUCACCGUUGUUACUACACUAUACUAACUGUACAAAUAUUACUUGAGAAGUUUACAUUUUAAAAAACGUGAAUUUUUACCAAAUUUCUUAUUAUUACCUUGGUAGGUUCUUAUGCUGGAGUGAUGAUAAAAGCUAUUUGUAUUUUCCAAAAUAAAACAUCAAAAAAAAAGAAACGAAUUGUUAAAACAUAAGAGUAAAUGCCGUCAGUGUUAAAGACAUGCUCUCAGCUGCAAUUUUUACUUACCGAGCCCUGAAAUCAGCUGUUUUCUUUCAAGUGGAUCUAAAUCCAUAAAUGACACCUCUUAGGAUCUGCUUAACACAGUAUGUGCUGCAGGCUCCGUUUCUAAGCUGUGGGUCUCGUAAAAGUCCUGAUGUGUUUGGUACUUCUCAUAACUUGUACUCAUAAACAUACUGCCUUGCUGGAAUCUCAUUGACAUGUUUAAAAUGUAGCCAGACUGACCCUAAAAGCACAGUAUCCAAAGACAGUUGCAUGCCUAAUUUUCACAUUUUGAAGUACACAAAAUUACCAAGUUCAGCAAGUAAAAUACGCUUGGUCAUUUGCCUUCGGUUUUUAUAGAGCACUUUUACAAGGACAACUAAUUUUUUUUACUAGGUUUUUCAUUUUGUUUACUUUCCAUUGUUUGUAUUAAUCUUCUAGAAGUUUGGAAAUAAAAUUCCUUUCCCUACUGGC